CGCCCUCUUCCAGUUGAACAGAGGGUGUAAUACAUAAUUCAGUCCCAGCCAGGGAACACCUCAGUGUCUCUCUCUUUUCCUGUCAAGCCGCGGAGCUGCAGCCUCUACACAGCCCGUGGACCGAGACGCAGAUGCGGCUGCUUCCUGCUCCGGGAGCGGAUAGGGAAUCAACCUUGGAGAAGGACGAAUGCGGGGGUUAGUUUCAGCGUAUGCAUGACUUCCAGCGGCGGAGGAAGGACGGGGCAGACAGUCGGUGGGGAGACGUAAACAUUGCCAUGCCCUGCUUCAUGCACCACCUCCUCCUCCUCCGAUUCGUUUCCUCCUAUGGGGGCUCUGUUUUAGAGGAGAACCGCAGAGGAGAGUAAGAAAAUGACGCCGUUGUCGAAGGUAAAUAUGUUGGAGAUGUGGUGAAGUUGUGUUUGGGAUAGGAGGCUGCCGCGGGCCACGAUCUGCACUGUAGCCUACAGCAUCCUGACUUUGCUGUGUCCGUGUUUUCCGGCCAAAUGCCGCAGGCAGCAUCAUCCGUGCUGAGCUUCACUCUCUGGGAUUAACAAGUUCUCAGAAGCUAAAAACUAGUGGUUCAACUUCUUUUUUGGAGUAUUAUUUUGUAGGCUAUUGGGCAAUUCCCUCCUCUGUGUAACUGGGUGAUAAUGAACAUUUUUUUAUGAGGAGUUUGGAAUGGUAUUGCUCACAGUGCUUCACAUAUCAGCCCCAAACUGGAGGCUUUAAGAAAGAUGUGAUCAGCUGCAGACUUUGUGAUUAGCAAAACAUCUCAAACAUUAAUCAGGCCGGCCUCUGCAUGACUGCUUGGUGGGACCAGUCUUGUAAUUAUCACAGUUCACAUUAACUCAGUCUCAGCACCAUGGGUGCCAAGCAGACCAAAGGCCAUGAGCCUGGAGGAGCCAGCCCUCAGCACGGCUGGAAACGAACGCCCACCAAGGAGCGGGGCGACAUCUUGGCUUCCCUCAUGGUGAAGUCAGGGGACCGGCUGAGCCGUGGCGGGACGCCGCCGCCCUACCAGCGCCGCAUUGGCAUGAUCCAGGAUAUGAUGCUGAUGGCCAAGCAGGGCAAGCAGGACGAGGCCACAGAGAUGCUCAAGACACUCCGACAGGACCUGGGCAUGGAGUCAACAUCUCUGGAUGACGUGUUGUACCGCUACGCCAGCUUCAGAAACCUGGUUGACCCCAUCACGCAUGACCUGAUUAUCAGCCUGGCACGAUAUGUCCACUGUCCCAAGACGGAGGGCGACUCUCUGGGGGCGAUGGAGAAGGUGUGUCGUCAGCUGACCUACCAUCUCAGCCCCCACUCACAGUGGAGGAGACAGGGCCUGCUGAAGAGGAAACCUCAGUCCUGUUUGAAGGCGGUCCUGUCGGCCCCUCCAUCCAGCGGGGCGUUGGAUCUGUCCGGUAUCCCUCUGGUGGCCCGGGACAUGGAGCGUCUGUGUGCAUACCUACAGCGCAAUGCGUCCAUGGUGGUCAGCCUGGAGCUGGGCUUCACCGACCUGACAGACGAGGCGUUCCUCCUGCUCCUGCCCACGCUGGCCGUCCUGCCACACCUGGAGACCCUGGCACUGAACGGAAACAGGCUGACCAGAGCUGUUCUGAAGGAGCUGACUGACGCCCUGAAGGAUCCCGGCAGUUUCCCUAGCGUGACAUGGAUUGACCUGGGCAACAAUGUGGACAUCUUCUCCCUGCCGCAGCCCUUCCUGCUCAGCCUGAGGAAGCGCUGUCCCAAGCAGGGAAACCUGCCCACCAUCCUGGAGUUCGGAGAGAGUCAGGCCAGCGACCCCCCUGAGAGGCUGAGGGGGCUCGGGGAAGAGGAGGAGACAGACGACAACCGAACUGAGAGCAUGGGCGAGCUCCGGUCGGAGGUGGAGGAGGAGCUGGAUGGAGAGAUGGAGAUAGAGGAGAUGAUGGAGGAGCUGCUGGACUUUGACAGGGAGGUGCAGGGGAAGGAGGAUGAGGAUGAGAGCAUGUGGACAGUGGAGGAGCAGAGGAAAGUGGGGAGAAGGAUGGGGCGGAGAGGGGAGGAGGCAGAGAAGGAGGCGCAGAGGAAAGAGCAGCGGCCAGGGAGGAGGGCAGCGAUGGCAGACGAUGAUGACGACACACAGAGCCGCUCCUCCCACCGGUCCCGCUCCAGCCAGUCACAACACUCCUCUGCAGCAGUUGAGCCAAUGAGAAUGGAGGAAGUAGACUUAGAAGAGGUGACAGACCAAUCAGACCACUUGACCUGAUUGCUGCUCCCUGCUCUGCUCUGCUUAUGUUUCCCCUCCUGUGUCGAGUCCUGUGUGGAAGGAGGCAAGAGAAGACUUUGUCUCCUGCAGAGGAUAACCGAGUGUGCUCGAGGUCAGACGGGCUGCAGUGUGGGAAGGAUGUAAUCCAUAUGAACAUGCCACUGGAUACUCCAUCCACUGAUCUGAUUUGUGAGCAGCCACCAGAGCGUUCAGAUACUGGCAGAGUGACAGCUGAACCUAGGUGACUCUCGGUGACUGUAACAUGAGAAGACAAUCCCCAACAGGACGUCCGUUUUAUCGUAACUUUCUGUUUUUAAAGUACGAAUAGAUUAGGGAUGCUAUUGCAUAGAAUAGACUGAAUAAUUAUAUCACAUGAGGCUUUUAUAUAUAGAAUGUUAUUUUAUUUUUAUUCAGGUCCUUUCCUCCUGGUAACCCUGGUGAUACCUACACGUGCCUGCGACACGUCCCGUAACUGGUUAAGAGUUGUUGAAAGAUUAAAAAAGAAAAUAUGAAAACAGAUCGCUCAAACUAGUCAGGGCCCUUAAACCUUUUGAAAAAUGUGUUUGCCAAAAACUAGACAUGGUAAUGUAUAAAAUGUUUCCCUCCCACACACGUCCACGGCUAGCCAGAUGGAUCGGAAGACAGACGGAAAUCAAAAGUCAAGCCGACUGCUUCGUGGAAAUCAGUUGCUCCUUAAAACACCGACAGAUGCACCGUGCGUUAGUGGAAGAGAAGUGCUCUGAAGAUGAAAUUAGUCAGCUGAAACCAGAAGAAAAAAGCGACUGAAAAGGAGACAGUAAAGGCCUGAUGAUUGUAAAGAAAACAGUAAAAAAAAAAAAGGACUUGCUUUACAGUGGC